GCAAAGCUCGGGGCGAAUUGCUGGAGGCCAGCUGCGGCUUCGGAUAUGGAUAGAGUUGCAAGAAGGGGGGACGCAGCCCUGGACAAGACCGGCCCGGAGCUCAUAUUGCCCCCAGAGCAGCAGCAAAUGGUAGCGGGGUCAGCAGAAGGGCUGAGACAUGAAGAGAAGCUCUCAGUGUGCAGCAAGCUGUCCUACGCCAUUGGAGGGGCUCCAAACCAAGUUGCCAGCAGCGCCACAGCCUUUUUCCUGCAAAUCUAUCUCUUAGACAUUGCUCAGACCACCAGCAAGUUCUUCACAGGGAACCCGUUUAUGGAUGUCUCUGCCCCAAAGCUGGCUGCAAAUAUAUUUCUAAUUUGCCAUUGUAAUAAGAUCACUCCAUUUCAUGCCUCUCUGGUGCUGUCUGUCGGGAAAGCCUGUGGAGCGAUUGCAGAUCCCAUUGCUGGCUUUUUCAUUAGCAAAAGCAAAUGGACCAAAAUUGGCCGACUCAUGCCUUGGAUAUUGGGCUGUACCCCUUUCAUCAUGGCGUCCUAUUUCUUCAUGUGGUACCUGCCUCCCUUCAUAACCGGAAGAGUUGUGUGGCAUCUGGCUUUCUACUCCCUUUUCCAGGCUUUGACUACACUUUUCCAGGUACCAUAUUGUGCCCUUACCAUGUUUCUCACUCCAGAUCAGAAGAAUCGAGAUUCAGCAACAGCAUACCGAAUUACAGUGGAGGCUCUUGGAACGUUAAUUGGAGCUACGCUUCAGGGACAGAUAGUAGCCAGCGCUCAUGCCUCAAAGCACUGUAGCCAGAAUUCAAGUGUAGGCUUUUUAAAUUCUUCCAGCCUGCAACAGAACAGUUCUGGCAUUCUCAGCCUGACACAUGGAAGAAAUGUUUACAUGAUCGCAGCAGGGGUCAUAGGAGGAAUCUACCUCUUUGGCAUUGUUAUCCUUUUCUUUGGAGUGAAAGAAAAAGAUGAUCCUUAUGCCUUAAGUUCAGACAAAACAGUCCCUUUCUUUAAGGGACUCAGACUCACAAUGAAGUGUGGACCAUACAUGAAACUUACAGCAUCAUUUCUGCUGAUCUCGACAGCUGUUCAGCUCAAACAAGGCAACUUUGUCCUCUUUUGUACCCAUGCGGUCAAUCUUCGCAGCCACUUCCAGAAUUUAGUGAUGACCAUCUUGGUGUCAGCGGUACUGAGUAUGCCCUUCUGGCAAUGGUUCCUGAAGCGUUUUGGCAAAAAGGAAGCAGCGGUUGGGAUCUCGUGGAUGAUUCCUUUUGUGAUCAUGUUGGUGACAGUCCCUAAACUGACGGUAGCUUACGCAGCGGCUUGUGUAUCUGGACUGAGCAUUGCGGCAUCAUUGCUGUUGCCAUGGUCCAUGUUGCCUGAUGUGGUUGACCACUUUCGCUUGCAGAAUCCUCAUUCAACCGGACAUGAAACCAUCUUCUAUUCUUCAUACGUCUUAUUUACGAAGAUGUCAGCAGCAAUUGGACUUGGCAUUUCUGCAUCCUCUCUGGAGUUUGUUGGUUAUGAAUCAGGAAUCUGCAGACAGUCCGACAAUGUGGUUACCAUGCUGAAAGUUUUGGUUGGAGGAGUCCCUGCCGGCCUCGUUCUCUUAGGCUUAUUCAUACUCAUCUUCUAUCCAAUCAACGAAAAGAGUCGAAAAGAAACUAAAUAUGCCCUGGAAAUGCUAAGGCAGACUCAUCCAAGCAUUGAAAAUCUUGCUGAGUCUGAAGAAAACACUUCGGUCUGAAGGCCUGAAUAGAAGCCAUUUGUGGCAAGGAAAACCCUAGCCUGGUAGAAGAGCUUAACGGGACAACAAUCUCUGUGUUACACCCAAUGAAGCUUUACCUCAGCAACACUGGAACCUUCUCUCAACGCUGUGCAGCUUCCAAAUGCAUGAUAAUUUGGCGAAUAGCUUAGAAGAAAAUUGUUUAGGAUUUGUUAUUAUGAAAACAGUGUAUCAUGGGGCUCUGGAGGAGCUGCUAGUUAAGAUGCAGCAGGUGAUUAUCUUUAAUUCUAAGCCACAACCACAGUAUCAUCUUGAGGAAGGCAUCUUGUCCUCAAAGAGACGGAAAGCUAAGCCUUGGCAGGGAAUGUUGCAGAAAAUACUGAAAUAAAAAGAGUCUUAUGGUCCCUUAAAGGCCUGUCAGAUUUACGGUAGCCUUAAACUUUCAUGAGCCGGAGACCACACUCUGACUGACAAAAGUUUAGGCCACAAUAAUGACUAGCCUUUAAGGUACUUCAAGCUUUCUCUAUCAAAUUUUCGGAGUCCCAUGUUGCGUGACAUAUGCAACUUUAUGUCUAGAAGCUGACCAACAUCUACUAGUUACAAGAGCCUGUCUCCUCACUUUCAGAUUCUUGACCAGACUCUGUUUCUCUACCGAUGCAAAUAGUUAUCUUCAUUUGGCCCUUCCUGAGAUCCAACGCUCUGAGUGGUGGAUCCACAUUGAAAACAAACUGAUUACCCUAGGCCAGGGGUGGCCAAUCUAUGGCGCCCCAGAUGUUCAUGGACUACAAUUCCCACCAGCCCCUGCCAGCAUGGCCAUGACGGGGUGCUGGGAAUUGUAGUCCAUGAACAUCUGAAGCACCAUAGGUUGGCCAUCCCUGCCCUAGGCCUUUCCUGGGAUUCUUUUCUCAUGUUAGCCUCCAACAAAAUAUUGCAAACAAUAAAAUCCCAUCUCUUUAGUCAAGAACUCCAACGCUUGAUUCAAAAAGCCGGGGUCUCAUGCUCACCUAUAUAUUUUAGUAUUAUCCCCACUAAAGUUCAAAUGACCUACUGUUUAAAGGUUCUCUUCAAUGCCAAACAAAGGUGGGCCCUUAUUAGAGCUAGAUGCAACUCUUUCCCUUCAGACUUUCUUCAUGGGCGUUUUUUGAGGACUCCUGCACAAGACCGGGUUUGCUCUCAUUGCACCAGUACCCCUAAGAUGAUGAUGCACAUUUUAUUUGAUUGUCCCAAAUAUGUUGAUUUUAGACCUGAUUUUCAUUGUAUUAUUCCUCCUCUGCUAAGGUACUCUACUCCUAAUCUUUGGGCUUGUUUCUUGUAAAAUAAUAGCUCAUCCAUGAUUUUGGAGGUGGUUACAAAUUUCUUGGAAAAGGUUCUGGUAUGUUGAUCCUUCCCUGUAUUUCAGAUUCUUGCACUGCUUGUUUGUUUUUGAUUCUGUAUUUUAUUAAUGCCUAUUAAAGGUUUAUGUAU